GCCCAGAGUAUCAAUGUUCGCCACAUUCUAUGUGAAAAGCACGCAAAGAAGGAAGAGGCACUUGCCAAGUUGAAUGCUGGCGUCAAAUUUGACGAAGUCGCUAGAGAGUUUUCCGAAGACAAGGCUCGCCAAGGUGGCUCAUUGGGCUGGAAGACCAGAGGCAACCUCAUGCCCGAGUUUGAGAAUGUUGCUUUCGAGUUGCAGGCCAGCACUACUAAUAGCCCAAAAUGGGGCGAAGCAAAGACCAGUGAAGGCUACCACAUUAUCAUGGUUGAAGGCAGAAAGUAG